AUGCGCCGCGAGCGAGACGCUGCGAGCCGGAAACUUGAAGGCCUGCCACCUCUCGAGCCCGACCCGCCUCUUCGCAACCCCGCUUCUUUGCUCGGAGAAGACGUCUUCGCCCGUUUCGGUGGCAAAGCCCGCUCUCGUGACCCCUUCGCCAGCAGCGGUGUCGUCCGUCCUGCGUCGUCCGAAGCGUCGACAGUCAGGAAGGCGACGCAGCCCCAGCAAUACGCCGAGCAGCCGACGCUCCGGCCAUACAGCGAGUGGAGCGGUGCGGGACCUGCGCCCUACGGCGUUUCCUGGGUCGGCUCUGACACGAGCAGAGUCGAACAGGCCCUUUGGCGACUUCUUGACGGAUUCGAGCAGCAGAAUGGCGCUCUCGUGCACAGCCAAGUACAGCAGGACCGCAUCGCCCAAGUUGUCGGAGAACUCGCUCGAUGGGUUGCCGAAGACCGCUCGAUGCGCGAAGCGCAGUUCAGUGAGCUCGCGCGUGCGGUUGACGGCGUUGCCAGGCAUAUCGCGGAUCUCCCGCAGCACCUCCUCGCUUCGCUCCAGGCCGCCGAAGGACUGCUACCAGUGCCGGCUGCUACGACGUCAACCGAUGUCGAGCAUCCGAUUGUCGAUCAUCCUUUCGUCGCGCAGGAAGCUGCCGCAGCCGGAGAAGCAGCUGUUUCGCACGAGCCGAACGAGAACGCAGCUCCGCCUACCGAUGCCGUCGCAGCCGUCGCACCCGAGUCCGUCGACAAGCGGCCUCGCUUCGGCGUCAACCCGCUAAGCUCAUUCGCACAGCUCGACAAGCAGAUUGCGACCGGUGCGAAGGAAGGCGGGACGGUUGGGAAGGUGAAGGGUCCGAGGCUACCUGCGAUCCGUCUCUGGGGCGCGCCUGAACCCGUUGCCGACCGACCAGGAAGAUGGGGCGGAGGAGCUGUUGCGGCGAAAGAAGCGAAGGAUCGCGCCGAGACGGACGAGGUUCUCGCCGAGGCAGACGCAUCGCCAAACGGUCCGAUAGUCGACGCUCUCAAGAAGGACGAGAAGCUCGGCGCGGCAUUGCAGGCGUUGGCGGAGGGCCAGGGGGACGAGAUUGACGCCGGCACGGUCUCGCUCGCUGUCUUCGAGAUCCUCAAGACGAUGCGCGACAUCUCGGCGAAGCAGGCGGCGCAAGAAGCGAAGGAGGCGGAGGAGAAGGCCAAGAACCAGGGCUUGUCGCUCAAGGAGAAAGCCGAGCUUGAGGCGAAGAAGGCGGAGAUUGCUCGUCUAGAGCUCGAGACGAAGAACAACGCGGAGAGGACGGCGCGUAUCAACGAGAUGGUUGCCAAGCUUGCCGAGAAGAGCGACAAGGCGGACGCGCUGCUUCGCGAAGUAGCCCAGAACGUCAAGGACGGCAAGAAGACUACGAUGGAUCCGGCUCUCACCGACGAGGUCAAGCGCUUGCUAGGCGGCAUCCGGACAGGCGUUGACGAGCACGUCAAGGACUUUCGAGGACAGCUCACUAGCGAGGUCCAGCGAAUGUUCAAGGAGGUCGGCAAGCUGCGCGACGAGAAGAAGACGCUACAGAGCGAGAUCGCCGAGCUCAUGGCGUUUCAAGCGAAGCACGGCGGCUCGAUGCCCAAACCGCCCGCCGCCGCCGUCCCCUCCUCGCCCGCUCCCGCUCCGCAGCCCUCGACCGACCCAGGCCCGCUCGAGCCGCCAAAGCCAGGCAUGCCGUCCAGCGGGUUCUUCGGUCCGCGGCCGAUGAAGUAG